AUGAAAGAAGAUAAGAGCCAAGAAGAAAGUGUAAAAGAAGCAGUUGCAGUAGAAGAAGAAAAAAUUGAAAAAGAAGCAGCAAUAGUUGAAGAAGAAGGCAAGGAAAAAGAAGGAGCUGUAGUUGAAGAAGCUAAGGAAAAAGAAGAAGCUGAAAAAAUAGGAGCAACAAUUGAUGAUGAAGAAGAAGAAGCUGACAAAGAAAAAGUUGAUAAAGCUGCAAGGGGUGAAGAAAAAGAAGAAAAGGAAGGUGAGAAAGAGCAGCUGUUGAAGGUGAAGGAAAAAAAGAAGGUGAGGAAGAAAUGUUCUCAAGAAACUGUUGAAGGUAAAGGAAAAAAAGGGGGUGGAGAAAUCUUACUGUCUUGCACUUCCUGUGGCACAGUCCAUUUAGCCUCUGGAGGGACAACGUUAAUAGCUUCUGAGUACGCGAGGAGGUAA